AUGAAAGAGGUCAAAGAGGACCACCAUUCCAUGAAGGAGUAUUCAAUUCAUAGAGAUGGUUCCUUUGCAGGAAACAAUGUACUUAAACCGAAUUCUGGCUCAAAUACUCAACUAGUGUUUCAGCAGUACCAGGUUGCCUUGUCCAAUGAUACCGAUGACCCAGUAGCAUCAGAAUAUGAUUCCUUUGACUAUGCUACUAAAGGUGUCUGUUCUACAUGGGGCAACAAUCACUUCUUUACAUUCGAUAAUGAUCUUUAUGAGUUCUCUGGAACUUGUAACUACAUCCUUGCCACUGUUUGCAACACCAACUCUCCUGAAUUCAACAUUCAAGUGCAGAGAGAAGGGGGAACAGCAAUUACCAGAAUUAUGAUCCAAGUGGGGUCAAUCAACGUGGUGGUCCAAGGAAAAACUAUUACAUUAUUGGGAAAGAAAAUUAAUUUGCCGUUUGCAACAAAUGGAAUUGAAAUUUCCAAAAUUGGAGCUGUGACAAGGCUGUCUGCUAAACAAAAGGACUUUGUGCUCACAGUGUCAUGGAGUACUGAUGGCAAUCUUAUGGUGGAAUUAGACAGAAAAUUCAUGAAUAGGACCUGUGGGUUAUGUGGAAACUUUAAUAGGGUACAUAAGGAUGAGUUUGUGGUUGAUGGCAAAUUGAUGAUGCCCUACCAGUUUGCAAGUAUGAAUCAGAUGGAUGACCCCGAUGUAAUAUGCCCAAUGCAAGUGCCCAAAAGCUCAACCGCAUACAGCAGCAGAUACAUAAAUCAGUGCUAUUCUCUCUUGGAUUUGGUGGGUAAUUCUUGCCUGGUCCCCAAAACACCAUUUAUAAAACGAUGUCAGCUGGACUUGCAGCACUGUGCCACACCUGGGGACAAAAACUGUGCAUGCGCUACACUUUCACAGUACUCAGCUCGGUGCUCUCUUGAAUACCAGCCAGUAAACGACUGGAGGAGCAAGAAUCUCUGCCCUCUGGAACAAUGUGAGGGUAAUCAGCUCUACAAAGAAUGUGGCGCCCCCUGCAGUGCAACAUGUUCCAAUCCUUCCUACACUUGCAAUUCACACUGUGUAUACGGCUGCUUUUGUCCACCAGGCACUGUCCUUGACGACCUGUCUAAAAAUAAAACGUGUGUCCAAAUUAAUGAAUGUCCCUGUGUUGUUAAUGGGGAAAUCUACAACCCAGGAGACCACAUCACAACAGACUGCAGUAUAUGCCAAUGCCAUAUGGGUCAGUGGAGCUGUAAGGAAACACCUUGCCCAGGAAGAUGUGCCAUAGAAGGGGGAUCCUUUAUUACAACCUUUGAUGCCAACAUGUAUCGGUUCCAUGGGGUUUGCGUCUAUGUUCUGGUUACAAGUGGAAAUUUUCCUAGCAAUGUGACUGUCAUGGCAUCAUUUGAAAAAUGCGGCCUUAGCAACUCUGAAACGUGCUUAGCAAGCAUCAUCUUCACAUCCGCAGCAGGAGCUAUCAUAAUAAGCAAACAGGAUCAGAUCAUAGUGGAUGGUCAGCUCAAACAGUUGCCUUAUGUUUCCAGUCUGUGUGGAAAUUUUAACAGCAAGACGGAAGAUGAUUUCCUCUCCAGCUCUGGAAUUGUAGAGGGAACAGUGACUGUGUUUGUAGAUUCGUGGAAAGCAACUUCAAACUGCAAACCAGCUACAAAUAUAGAUUUCAAUCCCUGCUCAAUGAGUAUUUCCAACCAAAUAUAUGCCGAGACACACUGCUCUCUCCUGGUGAAGAAAGGAAGUUUGUUUGAACAGUGUCGUACAUUAGUAGAUCCUGAACCAUAUUACAAGAGAUGUGUUUAUGAAGCCUGCAAUUACCAAGAGACCAUCAACUACAUCUGUUCUGCCAUGGGCUCUUAUGCCCGCGCAUGUGCAUCCCAGGGACUUGUUCUAAAGAACUGGAGACACAGCACCAACUGCACUAUUGCUUGUAGUGGCAAUCAGACCUACAGCUAUGACACAAGCUCUUGCAGUCGGACUUGCCUGUCUCUCUCGAAUGUGCAGUUGGAGUGUUACCCGAAUGACAUUCCCAUUGAAGGAUGCAAUUGCCCACUGGGAUACUACCUUGAUGACAAAGAAAAUUGUGUCCCCAAAUCACGUUGCCCCUGCUAUCUGGAUGAGACUACAGUUAUUAUGCCCAACCAACAGACUUUAUUCAAUGGCCUCACUUGCUACUGUAUUUCUGGAAAACUAAAUUGCAUUGGCAAACCAGCUGUGUUUGAAGAAAUUUGUGAGUCUCCGAAGGUGAUGAAAACAUGUGGGUCCCUAACCGAGAAAUAUGGAGCUGCCUGCGCCCCUUCAUGUCAGAUUUUGGCCACUGGUAUCCAAUGCAUACCUACAAAGUGUGAAUCUGGAUGUGUUUGCCCUGCUGGAACAUACGAAGACCUUGAUGGUAGCUGCGUGGUGGAAAGUGAUUGCUCCUGCGAGUAUGGUGGCAACAUUUACAAAACUGGGGAAAUGAUGGAAAGCGAGUGCCAGAGCUGCACCUGCAAUGGAGGCCAAUGGCAAUGUGAGAAGAAUCCACUAUGCGCGUCAACGUGUGUCUUGUAUGGAGAGAGUCACAUCAAAACAUUUGAUGGGCACCAGUUUAUGUUUGAAGGGAAUUGUGAAUACACUUUAGUAACGGAUGGAUGCGGAGUGAACAGCUCACUCUCCUCUUUCAAGAUAGUGACAGAAAAUGUCAUCUGUGGCACCACCGGCGUUACCUGUUCGCGUACCAUUAUCGCCUAUAUUGGGGAAACAGAGCUGAAGAUGUAUAACGAAAACUACAAAAUCACCCCGGAUUCAUCAGCCCAGGAAAUUAAAGUGCACGAGAAUAGUCUGUAUAUCAUGUUUGAUAUUACAAUCCCAAAUAAGUUCUUUAUAUCUCUCCUAUGGAAUAAGGAUAUGAAUGUCUUCAUCAAGAUUUUAAAACUUGGAAAGGAAUCUGUUUGUGGCCUGUGCGGAAACUACAAUGGAAACAUGAAAGAUGAUUAUGAGACCAGGAGUAGAUAUGUAGCCUCUAACCAGCUUGAGUUCAUUAACUCGUGGAAAGAUCGCCCAACCUGCACUGAUGCCACCUUUGUAACUGAUCCAUGUGAUGUGAACCCACAUCGGAAGUCCUGGGCUGAGAAGACUUGUAGUUACAUCAACAGCAAAACAUUUGACACAUGUCAUUCCGUGGUGCCGACGAAAAGUUUCCAUGAUUCGUGUAUGAGUGACGUUUGCUCCUGUGACACAGGAGGAGACUGCGAGUGUGCUUGUAACGCUAUUGCUGCUUAUGCCAAAGCUUGCCUCUCUGCUGGUGUCUGUGUAGACUGGCGAACACCGCACAUUUGCCCUGUUUACUGUGACUAUCUGAAUUCACAUAUUGUGACAGAAGACGACCCUUUGUACAAUAUUAAUGUAAACUGCACUUGGCACUACCAGCCUUGCCAGUGUCCAUCAGCACCACAUGGAUAUCCAUACCAAAACUCUGAAGGAUGCUACCAGUGUGGUCCAGAUAAGUACCACGAUCCAGAAAAGAAGACAUGUGUGCCUUGCACGGUACAAUCAACUACACCACAAACUCCUACUGCCACUCCUACUACAGUGACAGAAACAGUACCAAGUGCAGCGGUACAAUCAACUACACCACAAACGUCUACUGCAACUCCUACUACAGUGACAGAAACAGUACCAAGCACAGCUUCCUCUGUUCCAGUGACAAAGUAUUGCCGUGUAAAGAUAGUAGAGGAUGCUCCAAGCAAAAGUGAACAGAGUGACACAGAAAAUAUCAACAAGUUUAGAACCAUCAAGAGCAUCAGAGAAAAUAACAACACAAACACCAAGCACAACUCCAACACCUCUGACAUCCACGAGCACAACUACCCCCACUCCUGCAAGUACCACAACACGAACACCUCCCUCAACCACUAG